CACUCGUAGUUGGGUGUUUCCAGAGCUGGCUCGUUAUAAACCGCGACCUCUUCGGAAAUUUGAGCUCACGUCACGGGAAGGCAUUUUGUGUCCAGAGAACGCCAUGUCGAUGCACUUUCAGUUCUGCUCUAACGCGACGACAUUUUUGGGUCUCCGCCGCCGCCGCACGUAGCUACUCUUGAGCCAAAACGCCAGGAUGGCCUGAGCGGGCCCUUGCCUCGCCUUUACCUCCCCCGAUUCCUAAAGGAGAAAUGAAGUUCCCACCUCGCCGAGAAUCGACGGUCGCUCUAGAAGCGCAGAGAAAGAACCAGACGACAAGCCGUACAUUUUCUGGAAAGUCUUGAGAACCACAAAUAGCCACUGGCAUGGAUUCGUACCCGAAGAAGACCUGGAUGGACAGAUACGGGAUGACCGGCGCUUUAGCCGUCCACCGCACCUGGCAGAUCUGGAGUGUGCUGCUGGAGCAGCUCCGCGUCCUGCUGCAGGUUGUUUACGCCGGACUCUGGGCGGUUUUUCAGAUGUGUGGACUGGAGAUCCACCUGAGGAUCAUUGCCCAGCGCUCCCAAGUCCAGCAUAUCGGCUUCCCAAGCCACGUCGAAGAAUUGUUCUCUUCGCCCCACUCAUUUAAGGAGAACGCUGCCAGUAUUGUCACCAGUUUAAAUAACAUGACUUUGGGGGACAUUGACUCGUUUGCUAAUGGCAUGGAAUGCCAGGUCAGCUCUUUUGAACCAAUGUUUUUCAAUCUCAAUGUCGAUGCAGAAGAAGAACCAGAAUGUUGUAAUUCCUUUGAAACUUCAGCGGCCUUCUUCCUCAGUGAUACAAACGCCCUCCUCCAUUCUCCGUUCAGCCGCGAUCUGGAGAGCCGGCCCAGAGUUCAUUGUCAAGAUGUGAAGACCAGUCGAGUGAUCGGGCACAAAAGCGAAUGUCUUCAAAGUGACGCUUCUGACCCUGCUAGUGGCAUGGCAUGCCAGGUCAGCUCUUUGAAACCAGCAUUUUGUAAUCUUGAAGCUGAUGCAGAAGAAGAAGACCCUGAAUGUCGCAGUUCCUUUGAAAACCCCUCCGCUUUUCUCUUCAGCGAUACAAAUGGUGUCCUCCAUUCGCCGUUCUGCAACGAUCAGGAGAUCCCGCCAAAAGUAAACCUUCAAGACGUGGAGGCAAGUGAAGUGGUAGAGCGCAAAAGCGGAAGUCUGCAAAGUAUCACUUAUGACGAUAAUAAUGACAGUGAAGAUCUGUCAUUCUGGAGCGAAAGUAGUGACGAAGAGUGUGACAUGGAGGCAAGUCAAAGGCUGUGGGAGUCAUUCACAAGUACCAGUGACCCCUAUAAUCUGUUCAUGUUUUCUGCUCCAAUUUCCAGUGGCUUACAGGAUCCGCAGUAUGAAGAAAGGAAGACUCUUUCAUGGGAUGAAGACUUGACGGAGAAUGUGGAUAAGAGGGCCGAGUCAGAUUGUGUAAAUUUUGUCCAGACCUGGUCUGUGCUCGAAAGUGAGGAUAGCUCAUGGGACAGUGGCAGCAAUUCUGGUGAUAGUGAGGAAGAGGACAACGAUAAAUUGUGGGAGUCCUUCAUCAGUCCGAGAGACCCCUAUAACCCACUGCACUUUACGGCCUGCGCGUCGAGUUCUUUUUCAAAGCCGCGGCCCUCCCCGUGCUUGACUGGAUGUUCCGCUUCUGCAACGGAAGAACGGAACCCAGCAGAGAACAGGAGUCCAGUCCUGUCAUCCUGUUCUGAAGAAGAUGGUGACAGUGAAGCUGAAGAUGAUGAUGACGACGACGAAGAUGAUGAUGAUGAAAUCCUGCAGACUUCUGCUAUUGAUGAAAACGAGAAGCUCUGGAAGUUGUUUUCUCAGAGUACUGACCCGUACCACCCCCUGAAUUUUAAAGCGUGCAUUGAAAGCUUUCCUGACGCCAAGGCACCUGUGGGCUUUGUUUGGGAAAAUGACAGGACACUCGAGGCAACCGUAAAGAAGGCCAGCUGCGCCAAGCCAGCCUUACCAAAGAGAGACUACAAGCACGACUGUACGAACAGAAGCACCCACCGGCUCUGCCCCUGGAGAAAGAAGCGAAAUGCGCCUGUGGAAUGUCACGGAGGGCACAAGAAAGACCUCCACAGAAAGGUAACGUUUUCUCCUGUCGUUCACGUUCACGUCAUGCACGCGUGGGACUUUGCUCUGAGAGCUGCACGCCGGGGUCCUUGGGAGGAGAUGGCCAGAGACCGAGACCGGUUUGGGCGGCGGAUUCGAGAAACGGAAGAGGCCAUUGGCUACUGUCUUGACGAUGUCCAUCGACAACAAAUGCAAGCCCGCUUUCAGAGGGAAAAAACGGAGCCCCCCUCGGCACCAACGUGACCCGCUUGGGUUUUGAAUGCCUUGCACUGACCAAAAUUGCACUAUUAACAAACGUGAAAUCUAACAUUUAGAUUUUUAAUGGACUUUGUGUGCUGUUUUUUUCCCAAAAAUCGACGGCUAAACUAACCGUUUAACGGAGCGACCUUUUUUGUGGAAAUCGAUUUUUAAACUCUUUGUGAGUUUGCAGAUUUUUAUAUAUACAUAUAUAUAUGUAUGUGUACGUAUGUAUACAUAUAUUUUUGUGUGUUUUGGUUUCUAAGAGUAAUUUAUUUAUUUAUUUAUUUAUUGCCAUUCUUGAAUCACAAAGUAGAACGUUGCACUUCGCUGCUUAGGCGUCGUUCCUGCAGGCUGAUGAAACUCGCCGAGUUGUUAACUGGCCGCUUUGGCUCUGCAGAGAGCGCGUUGUUCAUUUGCUUCACUAAUAAGAAUAUUCGUAGUAUUAUUAUAAUGUAGGCGACAAAUUAGAUCCCUAAACGCCGGAGGAGGUGAGAAGCGCGCGUGCGUAUGUGAGGGGCCGUUUCAUUGUGGAGGCCUUUUGAUGUUUUUUUUUAAAUUGCAAGAGUCUAAAUAUUUAUAUUAUGUAAAUAUGAAUUAUUGCACACAAUAAAUAUUUAUACUGAGGA